UAAACCCGUACUUCCAUCCUUCACUUCCAGAUUCCGAACAAUUAGCAGUCUUCUUCGAUCGUAGUCGGCGUCUUCCUUCGACGACUCCCAGAGAUAAGUCUUCCUUUCUUCCUUCUCUUUCAAUCUCCAAGUCAUCCGAAACAAUUAGCAGAAACCUAGUUGUGCCGAUUCUUCGUCUGCGCGAAGCCGAUCUCGGGGGAUUUGAUUGGUGCCGGCGGGAAGCUGGUCCCGGGGGAAUCCAGUUGCCCGAUAAUACUUUGGUCUAACGUUUGAAGAUGUGGUUGUUGCUGAGCCAUGUCGUCUUCAAUUAACAAGCUGUUGAAGCCUUGAUUCUCCAGUUUGUUCUGUAAGAUCUGAAGAACAUAUAUCAUGGAAAAUAAUAGUAAGGUGUUUGCCAUGGCUAUGUUCUGCGUUUUGGCCAUUGCGGUGGCGUCGAAUGCUUCGUCUGAGAUGAAGCACCGGGCUUUGGCGGGGGAAGAUAAGGGAGAUGGGAAACCUAAUGAGGCUGAGAAGGUUGCUUCUUCUCCCCCUCCCACCUCGCCUCCGAUCCAAAACGUUGGGCCGACGGACCGGGUUCAUACCUCGCCGCCUCAACCUAGCCAAUCGUUGCCAAAUUCUAGCAAUUCUGAUUCCUCUAGCUCUGACAGUUCACCUUUGAUGAAUAGUUCCAUCAAAUCAGUGCCUCCUCCCGGACCAGAGAACUUGAACCCAGGGGCAUCCGGAAAGGUUAAUACGUCCACGAAUCCUCCAACGAAGGAAGAGCAUACGGAUUCUGAAACUCCUAAAAAGGAAGGUGACAAGCCCGUGCAAUCUCCAAUAAAGGACGACCAUAAGGCGCCGCAGGAUCCAGAGAAGAGAGGAGACAUGACUUCUCAAGGUCCAACAAAUGAUAAUGAGCCCAAAGGUAGUCAAGGAAUCGUAGAAUCUGGGAGCUGUGACACGGCUAAUGUUAGAUGCCAAACUGGAGUAUUGGCUGCUUGUCUUUGGCAACCUGGGAUUGAAUCCACGGAAUUUUUUCUUCUAGUACAGAAUACGGGGACAGAUGAUCUGAAUGUGAAUCUUGAAAGCCCUAGCAAUAUUAAAAUUGAUUCCAAAUCGUUAAAUCUAACGAAACACAGCAACAAAAAGGUUUCUUUUCUAAAUCUUUUUCUUUUUGUGUUAACAGUUGCAUUCAUCUUAAUGAGCAAUUGCUAUCUUUCUACAAAACUAAUACAUCAAGCUUCUUUAAUAGUGUUAUCAUUGCACCUCAGAACAUGUUGA